AUGAAGGACUGGACCCGCCCUCGACAGACCUUUGCCGGAUUGCUUCUCCGCACUAGUCCAGAUACAGCUUCUGCCAUCACUAUGGUUAUUACUCAGAUUUCCUCGAAUGAUAUGGAGACUAGCUGUCACGCUUUGGCGCAAAUCGAUGCCGUUAUUCAAGAUGAUAAAUGGGAUUUGCUGACCAGCCACGUCAAUCAGUUUCUGAUGCUCGUCACAAUUCAGCUGAAGCAAGUCGUGACACGAUACUUCAGUGAUCCUACCACACCUCCGGAACAACUGAGUCUUCUAAUCAAAGCUCUUCUUGCCACCACACACUCGUUGUUUUCUCGGUCUCAACUGGCUAAAGAGGCUUCAAGAGAGACAUUGAGGGAGCUAUUUUACAAUAUGCUUACUUUAAUGCAUGAUGGUAGAACUGCUGAGAUGAUCGACGGUUGCCAAGUCAUCAAUACUAUCAAUGUCCUUUGUGGGCGGAUCCUAGAGCAAUCGAAUUGCACUCGGAUUCUCAGGUUGAAUUUUUGUUCUUUAAUCGCUAUUUCACUUCCCUUUUAUUUUAAAUUAUCCUUUUUUAGUUUAAGCUGUAUUUUCGUAGAUGGUUGUUCUGACAAAAUAUUUCUCUGA